CUGAUAUUCCAUACUCGCCAUUUUGCAAUGUGGGAGAGAGGGAGGCCACUUUUUUUAUGGCCAACGAAUAAAACAAAGCAGUUUUAUGUGUUGAGGACAAAGAGCGUCGAGCCGUUCCGUGUCAGUCAUGGAGGAGAUCAGAAAUGUAGCUGUACUCUUCACACACUCCUCCUCCGCUGCUGCUGCCGCCGCCGCCGCCGCCCCCUCGUCCCCCUCCGCUCCGUCAGGACUGGGACCCCUCUCUGCAACCCGAGGCCAGCAAGAGGCAGAGGGGCACCCCUCUCCGAGUUUUCAGCAGAAACAAGCUGCGGAUUCUCUCAUCCAUGUCAUCGAGAAGCUCAGCAAAAUCGUGGAGAAGCGGCCCCAGCGCCGCUGCACCUUGGGGGGGCAGAAAAGAGCCUCCGCGGUAGGGCGUGGAGCAGCCGACGAGGGGGCGAGGGGGAGCAGAGGAGCCUCUCCCUGUAAGAAAAUGAAGAGGAACUGUAAGGGCCAGGAGAGCGCAGAGGAGGCGCGAUUAGACGGCAGUGAUCUUUUUUCACCUGUGUUGGGCGACAGUAACAACAACAACACUGCCUCCACGGUAACGGAGGUAGCGGGCGACCACAAACGGACGGUGACGUGCUAUCAGUGCAGUAUGUGCCCCUACCUCUCCCAAACGCUGCCGCUGCUCAAAGAGCACCUGAAGCAACACAACGAACAGCACAGUGACCUCAUCCUCAUGUGCUCCGAGUGUCGCUUCACCUCCAGAGACCAGGCGGAGCUGGAGACCCACGUCAGGCUUCACUACGACAACGGCGGCCCCCCGGGGAGGGACUCCACGCCGUCGGACCCCUACAGUGAGAGCAAGGAGGACUUUUUCAGGAAGCCGGAUCGGGACUGGACCCUGGGCGGGGGCAGCAUAGGAGCCGAGGUGAACUCCCCGGACGCUUCCGAGGAGCUGCCGCGGAAGAAGAAGUGGUAUAGCUACGAGGAGUACGGACUGUACCGCUGCCUGAUCUGCAGCUACGUCUGCAGCCAGCAACGGAUGCUUAAGACCCACGCGUGGAAGCACGCCGGCCUGGUCGACUGCUCGUACCCCAUCUUUGAGGACGAAGACGGGGCUACCACGAGGAGAGAGGCCCAGGCUGUGGCUAACACCGCUGCGACCCGGGAGGAAAUAGUUGUUCUUUCCCCGGUGCUUCAAGAUAAAAGCCUGCAAAAACAGCCCUCUGCCUUCAAGCUCCAGCUCUGCGUACCGAUGGCAGUCGAGAGCAAACGGGACGUGUCAAAUCAUCCGGCCUCUGAUCUCAGCAAAAGCCUGAAAGAAGAAGAAGAGGAGGAAAGCGUGUACCCUGUAAAAGACCUGACCUCCGAGGAGCCCAUGGUGGAGGUGCAGGUGACGUCCGAGGUGGAGAUGGGUAGUCGCCCCGAUGGCGCCUCCGUCGCUGACAGCUUACUGUCAUCCGCUCAGAAGAUUAUCAACAGCAGUCCCAACAGUGCCGGCCACAUCAACGUGAUUGUAGAGCGCCUUCCUUCAGCGGAGGACGCGGUCAUGGCGACCAACCCGCUUCUUCUCAGCCCAGACAUGGACAGUGGCAAGAGCUUACUGGACGCAGAGGGGGUAGAGCGGUACCAUGCGGGAGCUGAUGAUCAGGGUGUUCCUGGCUGCAGCGCAGCUAGCACCACUGACAGCCAGCCCCCAGGAGCUGAUAUUAAGUCCUCCGCGUCCGCUAUGGUUAGCGACUCUCCACGGGAUGAAAACAUUCCCCCAACCGCUCGCAAGAGGACACAUUCGGAGUCUCUCCGCCUGCACUCUCUGGCGGCCGAGGCCCUGGUAGCAAUGCCGAUGAGGACCCCGGAGCUCCCCGCCUCCAGCUCCAAGGUAAGUCUGAAGACCGUCUCACCCCAAGCGCAGAGCCCCAACACAGGCCAGAAACUGAUAGAGGUGACCACGGCCUCUGACCCCGAGACUACAGCAACUCUACUGGACUUGGAGCUGCAAAGCGAGGGCAGAGAGGAAGGUUUGGGUUCCCUGUGCCUGGGGGAGGGAGACGAGGAGGGCCCCGCCGCCAAAGCCGGCAUCAGCCUGUCACUGCUCACCGUCAUCGAAAGGCUCCGAGAGCGCUCAGACCAGAACGCCUCGGACGAGGACAUCUUAAAAGAGCUCCAGGACAACGCGCAGUUCCAGAACGGAGCCGUGGCCGGCGUGGUCACGGGAACCGGGGCAGGGAGCUACAUGUGUAGCAUCCCCAGAAUGGACGCGUUGGCCGCCUCUCCCGACGGCAGUCUGGUGGACUACAUCCCCGGCAGCGACAGGCCAUACCGGUGCCGCCUGUGUCGCUACAGCAGUGGCAACAAGGGCUACAUCAAGCAGCACCUGCGGGUGCACAGGCAGAGGCAGCCGUACCAGUGUCCCAUCUGUGAGCACAUCGCCUCGGACAGCAAGGACCUGGAGAGCCACAUGAUCCACCACUGUAAGACCAGGAUGUACCAGUGCAAACAGUGCCCAGAUGCCUUUCACUACAAGAGUCAGUUAAGAAAUCACGAGCGGGAGCACCGCAGCUUCAGCGCUGACGUGACCGCCCUCGCACCCGUCACUGAAACAGUGGCCAUAGUGGAAGAAGCUGAGCGGGUAACCGACGAAGAAUGUGGUAUGCAGAAGAUGUAUAAGUGUGAUGUGUGCGACUACAUCAGCUCUACGUAUGUCGGCGUGAGGAACCACCGUCGGAUUCAUAACUCUGACAAGCCUUAUCGGUGCUGUAGCUGUGAUUUCGCCACCACCAACAUGAACAGUUUAAAGAGCCACAUGAGGAGGCACCCUCAGGAGCACCAGGCCGUGCAGCUACUGGAGCAGUACAGGUGCUCUCUGUGUGGCUAUGUGUGCAGUCAUCCCCCGUCACUCAAAUCCCACAUGUGGAAGCACGCCGGAGACCAGAACUACAACUACGAGCAAGUUAAUAAAGCCAUUAAUGAGGCCAUCUCCCAGAGCAGCCGAGCUCCUCAGAAGUUGUCGGCGGUGCUGGAGUCGGUGGCGGAGCGCCCCCCUGUGGCGGCCCAGCCCUCAAAGGACAAAGCAAAGGGCCCAGUGGAUCCGCUGCCAGCACCCACGGCAAUGACGACGACGACAGCAGCAGCGGUAGCCGGCCUGGCUAUGGACAGCUCAGCAGGACUACACACACCCACCACAGACCCUUCACAGUGGCCUUGGGAAUCGGCAAGCCCGCAGGGGAAGGACCCUGCGCGGCUCCAGCCUCAGUCCCAGAGCCAGCCACGCAGCGGCCAGGCCCCCGUCUCGGGCCAGGCCCCCGUCCCGGGCCCUGGGAUGGAAUACUGCGUGCUGUUGUUCUGUUGCUGUAUCUGUGGCUUUGAGUCCACCAGUAAAGAGCGGCUGAUGGAGCACAUGAAGGAGCAUGAGGGGGACAUCAUCAGCAUCAUCCUCAACAAGGAGCAGCAGCAGGCAGAAGCACAGCCAGGCCUCCAGACAGCAGAGUGAGACCGGCCCUCCCCCCUCCCUCCUUCCCUCCUUCCUCCUUUUUCUAUAGAGGCAUAGUUCCUCCCAGUCCGAUGGACCACCAUGGGACAUUAAUUCAGAAAAAACCUGGUAUGGUCGUGAAUGGAGGGACUACUUAUGUUUUGAUCCCAUUUGGAUAGAGCCAUGGAUUACACUUAUGGCGUUCUUUAAUUUAAAAAAUAACUUUGCAUGUGUUGUAGUACAACUCGGUUUUGUGUGAAACCGCUUCGUGUACUACACUCGACUUUCAAUCUUUUUUUAUCACCUAGGAAGCGAAAGAACGAGUGAAAUCUGUUUCUCGUGUGAGUAACGUUACAUCCCUGUACAAGACAGACACAGUAGCUUCAGCGAGACGUCUGUAAUCUUCCCAAUUAUGUAUUUUCACCGUCGUAAACUUCCCCUGUUUUACGACAAACUGACGCUGUCUUCACUUGGAAAAUGAUCUUUCAAACUGAGAAACAUCUUCAGUGUAAUUCACGGCUCAAUUCAAAGAGGAUCAAAAGAAUAAUUAGGCUCUCCCCGUUUACACGUUUUCUUUUCCAUAUUAAGGUCCAGUGAUGGUCCAUCGGGGGGGUGGGGGGAGGGACUUAUAACACAGACCACGCACUCUUACAAAGGUCUGCUGCCGACAAAAGCAUUUCAUUACGUUUCAAUACUUGUUGGUGGUUUAGCAGGACAUCGAGGUGUAAAACACGUCGCGUCUACUGUACUACAGUAGGGAAUUGUCAUUUGUGUGAGGGCUGGGACAACUGCCGUCCAACGCAGACACAACAGGUGUUGAAAAAUGAUGAAAUUAUAUUUUGAGUGGCAUAUUUUUUUUUUUUUUUUUUUUUAAGGAAUGUUAAAAAACAAAACAAAAAACUGAAAAUGUUCUCAGCAGUUUGUGUCAUUUAUCUUGACAUUAAAGCGAAAAAUGUCAGUGGAUUUCAAGGGACAAGUCCGAGCUCUAAGCCAAGUUUAUUUUUUUAAUAUACAGCGAUGAAGUUCAUACCUCACAAAACCAUACAAUCCCUCAUCAGAAAUGGAAAACAAAUGUCACAUAUUUUCCAGUCUACUUCAUAUAUGAUUAGAAGGCAGCUCUUUUAAUGCUACUGUAAUAUUAUAUAUUUACUGUUUAUAUGUUCAUAUAUAUAUGUGUGUAUAUAUACAGCAUGUAUGUGUGUAUGUACACUAUAUAUAUAUAUAUAUAUAUAUAUAUAUAUAUAUUGGUGUUAAGGAGGUACAUGUGCAAAACUCACCAAUGCCUUGAGGCGUGUGUCAUAGCUUGAAUAUGAUUUCAUAUUUAUCAGUUUUAUUUGUAUGCAUGUUUCUGUUAUGCCAACUUAAAGAGGCAAAUGUUAAUUAUUAUUUUCAAUUUUUUUUUCUUUUUCUUUUUCUAUGACUGUAAUUUUUACACGUUGGAUAAGGAAACGUUCUAGUUCUCAAAGCAAGAGUGGAAGUUGACCAGAGCCAUGGAGAAACGGGUCUCUGGUGAUCUGGCGCCAGAGAGGGGGUUUUGGAUUAGGAUUAUGUUAUGACUGAAGGAAUGAUCAAAAGGGAAGUAGGGGUAGUAGGGCUGUUAUUUUAAUGAAAGGUGCCUAGAUGUUGGCGCGCAGGAAGAUGUUUUGUAUCCGUUCACCUGUUUUCACUUGUGAUUGUGGUGCUAGGCUCACUUUAACCGUUGUCACUGAAGGUAUAGUCUUUUUGUUUUUUAGCCCAUGGAAUUUAUGUUGCAUAUAAUAAUACACAUUUUUAUAAUGACCUUUUUUGCUCUUUUUUUGUCAGUGUUUUUAAAAUACAAACUUUCUAGUGUCAAACGCAACUUGAAAUGACUACAGCUUGCAGACAUGCCUGAAAUAAGAAGACCUGGAUGGGAAAGGUUUGAAAGGC